UACUGCUGCCACUCUCUCCCUAUAAAUAAAUACAUUCCUCUUGUUCUUCAAAGAACACCUCAGGAAAAUAAUACUACUACAUAUUAGACCCUUCUUCAUAAACCCGAUCACUAGGAAUGGCUCUCCAUGGCUCACUGACCUCGGCUGCGUUGAUGAGCUUGUUUGCCUUCCUUUUGGUGAUCACUGGGCCAUAUCUAGCAUUGGGUUCGAGCCGGGGGGGUCCUUCUGGCUUGACCGGUAAUGCCGUCAUCCCGCCGUCACCGGCUGGUAUUUGCGCUGCUGCGGUUGCUGUACAUGGGUACAAAUGCCAGGAGUUUGACGUUAGAACAGAUGAUGGGUAUAUAUUAAGCGUGCAGAGGAUCCCAGAAGGUAGGGUAGGAGGUGGUGGGAAGACGAAGAAGCAGCCAGUAUUAUUGCAGCAUGGGGUUCUUGUGGAUGGAAUGUCGUGGCUGCUAAAUUCUCCGGAUGAGUCUCUGGCGUUUAUCUUGGCUAAUAACGGGUUCGAUGUAUGGAUCUCGAACAUCAGAGGGACCAGAUUCAGCCGCCGACACGCCACCCUCAAUGCUAACGAUCCGGAAUUUUGGAAUUGGACAUGGGAUGAUUUGGUGAUGCACGACCUACCCUCCGUUAUUGAUUUUGUGUUCAAACAAACAGGGCAGAAGAUCAAUUAUGUUGGCCACUCCAUGGGAACUUUGAUAGCAUUGGCAUCAUUCUCGGAAGGGAAACAAGUAGACAAGGUGAAAUCGGCAGCUUUGCUAAGCCCAAUUGCUUACUUGAGCCACAUGACCACUGCACUUGGUGUUGUUGCUGCCAGAACCUUUGUUGGGGAGAUCACGAAGUUGUUCGGGCUUGCAGAAUUCAACCCCAAAGGAGCACCUGUAGCCAACUUACUCAAGGCUCUAUGUGCUCAACCGGGAGUCGACUGUUAUGACUUGAUGGCCGCACUUACAGGGAAAAACUGUUGUCUGAAUUCCUCCACGGUGGAGCUCUUCCUGAAGAAUGAGCCUCAAUCUACUGCAACCAAGAACAUGAUCCAUCUUGCUCAAACUGUUCGAGACGGAAUUUUGUCCAAAUACGACUACGGAAACGGGAACUAUAACUUGGAGCAUUACGGCGAAUCAAGGCCGCCGGUCUACAACCUCACCAACAUCCCUCACAACCUUCCCCUGUUUCUCAGCUACGGAGGCCAAGACGCGCUUUCUGACGUGAGAGAUGUGCAGACUUUGCUCGACAGCUUAAAAUUACACGAGCCUGAUAAGAUAAGCAUUCAGUACGUCAAGGACUUUGCUCAUGCGGAUUUCAUCAUGGGAGUGACUGCUAAGGAUGUUGUGUUUCCUCAAGUUAUCGAGUUUUUCAGACACCAACUGUGAUCAGUGAUCGAUUGGCCUCAAUUCUACUACUAAUGUAUUGCCAUAUAUAACAAAAUCUUAUUGCAUUUUUAUGUUACUUGUUAACUGUGACACUCGGGAACCGAAUCGCGGCACAUAUUUGAGUCGCUGAAAUAGUAUUUACGCACAAAAAAGAAGAAGAUUAAGAUCGGAUCUCUUUGGUUCUUAAAAAGAAACUUGACGGUCGUAUUGAGGCAUUUUGUAAGCAUGGGAUGGGCUUACAUU